AGCAAACGCCUCCUCCGCACUCGGCCCCGUGUGGACGGACACAGCCGCAGCCGGCAGUUCGCCGCCUUGCCCUGCUGCGAGCGAGCCUGCGAGCAAAGGGCCCUCCCACCCAACCAUCGCCGCCGCACGUCCGAGUGGACGCUUUGGGGGCUCCGCCGACGGCGCCACGGUACGUGCCUCCGCCUCUGCUUCCAUCAAAGGCAGGGGCAGCGGCUGCUGCCAGUCGAGACUUGAGAGGCCGAGGAAGGUCCGAGCAUCGGGAGAUCUUCGGGAUGUGAAGGAUUAAAGAUCAUGUGAAAGAUUCUGAGACUACAAUCGAUAUCAAGCGGUUGCUUUCUUACUUCUCAUAUGUUCAACCAUGCUCCUCCAUGCUAAGGAGUCGGUUAGGAAGAUGCAUUCAGUUGCUAAGAACUACUUUGUGUCUGAUCUUACUCAUCCUCCAAGAUCCUUGACCAGAGCUUCCAGACAUGUUGUUCCAUUCAAGGCCCGUUUGUCUACGCAAUGCUCACUUGAGGGCCGUUCAGUUGACCAAGAGAUUGUGAUUGCUAUGGGAAGUAAUGUGGGUGAUAGAGUCAGUACAUUCAACAGGGCAUUGCAGCUGAUGAAAAGCUCAGGCGUGAACAUCACUAGGCAUGCCUGUCUUUAUGAGACUGCCCCUGCUUAUGUGACUGAUCAGCCACGGUUUCUUAACUCUGCCAUUCGGGGCACAACUAGGCUCGGGCCACAUGAGCUUCUUAAAAUGCUAAAAGAAAUUGAGAAGGGUAUUGGACGCACUGGUGGAAUAAGGUAUGGCCCGAGACCUAUCGAUCUAGACAUACUUCUUUAUGGUAACUCCGAGAUUAAUAGUGAGACUCUAAUUGUGCCACAUGAGCGCAUCCAUGAGAGGUCAUUUGUUUUAGCACCUCUUGUUGACCUUCUAGGUGCAUCUGGUGACGAUGGUAUUGAAACAAGUUGGCACUCUCUCUCAAAGUGCAGUGGCGGUUUCUUUGAAUUAUGGAAUAAACUUGGGGGUGAGUCUAUGAUUGGAACAGAAAGCAUUAAAAGGGUAUUACCUGUUGGGGAUCGUUUGUUGGAUUGGUGCGAGAGGACCCUUGUCAUGGGGGUCCUUAAUUUGACACCAGACAGCUUUAGUGAUGGAGGUAAGUUUCAACAAGUGGAAGCUGCCAUUUCUCAGGCUAAGUUAUUAAUCUCAGAAGGUGCAGAUAUCAUUGAUAUUGGUGCUCAAUCUACCAGGCCCUUUGCAAAGAGAUUAUCUCCAAACGAGGAGCUUGAGAGGUUGGUUCCUGUUCUGGAUGUGAUUACAAAAAUUCCUGAGAUGGAGGGCAAGUUAAUCUCAGUGGAUACAUUCUAUGCAGAAGUUGCCAGUGAAGCUGUGAAAAGAGGAGCUCACAUGAUCAACGAUGUAUCCGGUGGACAGCUUGAUCCAAGAAUUUUUAAAGUUGCAGCUGAACUGGGAGUUCCAUAUGUUGCAAUGCACAUGAGGGGAGAUCCGUCAACUAUGCAAAGCGAACAAAAUUUACAGUAUGAUAAUGUCUGCAAGGAAGUUGCUUUGGAGCUAUACACACAGGUGAGAGAAGCAGAGUUAUCUGGGAUUCCAUUGUGGAGGUUAGUUCUUGAUCCUGGCAUUGGCUUCUCCAAGAAAUCUGGACAUAACCUUGAAGUAAUUAUGGGAUUGGAAUCCAUUAGGAGGGAGAUGGGAAAAAUGAGUAUAGGUGCUUCACAUGUGCCAAUAUUACUGGGACCUUCAAGGAAAAGAUUUUUGGGCGAAAUAUGCAAUCGUGCCAAUCCAGUUGAGAGAGAUGUUGCUACUGUUGCAGCUGUGACAGCUGGAAUUUUGAAUGGUGCCAACAUAGUAAGGGUCCAUAAUGCUGGAUAUGGUGCAGAUGCUGCAAAGGUUUGUGAUGCAUUGCGUAAGGGAAGAAGUUGCAAAAACUGAACUAUCUGAUCAAACAGAUACCAAACUCCAGUUAUAUACAAGAAAAAGGUGAGGUCAGAUAGUACUCUGCUGCUAAAUGGGAUUGUCAUUGUGAAGUAUCAUUGCUGUAAUGAACCAGAGAUAAUGUUUUUUCUUGUGUCAUCAUUUUUUCUAAAAUCUUCAAUGGAUCAUGGGUUCAACUUAGAUUAUUCGAAAGAGCAGCCAAGGAAUAAGGUCGCAGAAGCUGCUAGUGAAGUUGCAAAUACUUCUUUUGGUCCUAUUUAGAUGAUUUUGCUGAACUUUUUUUUCUAAUUUAAUAAUAUCAGAAGGACUCUGACAUUUUAGGAUUUGAAAUUGUCAAGUUCUACUAGUCUGAUUUAUCUGUAUCUCUUCUAGUUCAGACAUAUUUGAUUGAUUGGGCUUACACCAGCUUUCCUACUUCUCCCUGUAGCUUCAUCUUUUGUACCUUGAUGUACCCAAUAAGGAAACCUUAUAUACAACAAAUGCCAUAUGAUAUGCAAAGUCUCAACAAUUUGUCUA